UUGACCACGUAAUAGUCACGUAAAUCUACGUACGCAGCUAGUAUUGUUUAUGUGGACAAAGACCUCUUCAAAUCAACUUUAUAUUCAGCCAAGAGAUACCCUCCUUAUAGCGUGAGGCGUCUUCUACAUCUUCUACAUGUUAAUAGUCGAUAGAGUUUUCUGCUUGUGAAUUAGAUUUUAUUAUUCUGAUAAGAGACCACCAUGUCAGGAUCAGUGUCAUUACAGAGUACAGUGGAUACUGGGCAUGAUGACAUGAUUCAUGAUGCCCAGUUGGACUACUAUGGGAGGAAGUUAGCCACCUGUUCCUCCGAUCGUACUGUUAGGAUAUUCGAGAUAGUUAAUAACACCCAAAACUUGGUCGCCACUCUAGUGGGCCAUGAAGGUCCAGUGUGGCAAGUGGCAUGGGCACAUCCUAAGUUUGGGAAUAUAGUGGCCUCCUGCUCAUAUGAUAGAAAGGUUAUUAUCUGGAAGGAGACUAAUGGCAGUUGGGGAAAACUGUACGAGUUCUGUGAGCACAAGUCGUCAGUAAAUAGCAUCCAAUGGGGUCCCCACGAGUACGGCCUGGUUCUGGCAUGCGCCUCAUCCGACGAAUCAUUCUCUAUUAUAUCAACAUCAGGUGACGGUAACUGGAAGUAUCAACAGCAUGAGAAUGCUCACACGCUUGGUUGCAAUGCCAUCAGCUGGGCACCUGCACUCAACCCUGGCUCUCUAGUGGAGGGUGGUUCUAAAGGGUCUAGUGCCGUGAAAAGGCUGGUCACUGGAGGCGGAGACAACCUGGUCAGAGUGUGGAGGGAGGAGAACGAGGCGUGGGUUAGUGAGAAACUGGAGGCUCACACUGACUGGGUGAGGGACGUGGCCUGGUGUCCCAGUGUAGGGCUGCCUCGUAGUAGAGUGGCCAGUUGCUCACAGGACUGUAAGGUUAUCAUCUGGACCAAAGAUGAGAAUUCAGGAGAUUCAUGGGCUUCAGCCGUGUUAAACACAUUCAAUGAUGUAGUGUGGCAUGCCAGCUGGUCCAUCACCGGAGACAUCCUCGCCAUCUCGGGCGGAGACAACAAGGUGACCCUGUGGAAGGAGACGCCUGAGGGUCAGUGGGUGUGUGUGAGCGAGGUAGACAAAGGACAGCAGGUGCAACAACAAACACAAUGAUAAAUUAUUCACUAUAGGGACAUUCUUAUGUUACUCGUUUAUUAUGGAAUCAAUUGCAGUUACUGUUGUACGUUUGUGCUUAUUAAUUAUAUCACUGGUACAUGUACAUCUCUUCAGAAUUUAUUCCAAUUUCCUCCUGUCAAAAUAAGUUACUUUUUGUGUGACCCGUGUUUAUCUUUAAAGUGGAUUAUAACUCUGG